UUCUCUUUUUUUCCCCAUCGACCUCGCGUGCAUUUCGAUGAGAAGAAAGAGAGCAACUUCACGAGACCGUCGGUCUUUACGCCACUGAAUGAGGGACGAUCAGCCGUGGUGCAGGUGCCAGAAAGAGUACGCUAGCGAAUGAUUGUUGGACAAGGACGAGCGUAGCGGUCGCGGGAGUGGGCAGGAAACGGUUCGGUUCGGACUAUGUAAGACGACGAGGCGGCGGCCGAGGGGUCCGAUCGAGUCGAGUUUCCAUCGAGACCGGAGUGUCCGAUCAGCCGUCGCGACGCGUGGAGCUUUACGCCGUUUGCAAUCUGUCCGCCUCGUCCAAGAUCGUAGGAUACGACUAAUCAGCGGAAAACCCGAUCAGGUUCAAUCCCAAGUUUUGUUCCGACUAGGUCACCGCGAACGUCUCGAUUAUCCACGCGAGAGAGUCUUCGUGAAUUGGAGAACGGAACGUCCUCGAUAAAAAGUGCAGGAUUGAGAUGAAUCCCGUCGCCGACAGGAACGCGCGAUUGAGAGAAGUAGUGAAGUGGUGACGAGGUAAAUUCUACCGCGACGUCGGUGUCUUGAGCGGAUUUCACUCCCGAUAUUUUACUCGCGUGUGUUUGACGUGAUCGCUUCGGUGAUCGAUCUUACCGGCGUAAAAUCCUUGAAAAAGAAGAGGAGAAAAAAUAGAGAUCGAAGUUCCUUUCCUCAUCAUAUCAUCAUCACAUACGAAAUGGAGGACACGACGUCCGGACAAGAUUCGUCCAAUAUCCUUCUGAUGUCAAAGAUCGGCGCGAUGGUCGGUCUUGGCUUUGGUUCUCUUGCACUGGGAACGCUGCCGUUGAUGGUGGGACGUUACAGAGCCAAGAGGCAACUUCGUCAGAAACGUCACCAGAAACGCCAGGCGAUGUCUUCCAAUUCUAGCACCUCCACGUCCACUUCAGCAUCCGACGCUUCCUCGCCGAACAUUAAUUCGACCUCCGCGGCCAAUAAGCAAGGUCUCUUGACGUCGCUCUUGCUCUGCUUCGGCGGCGGCGUGCUCCUGUUUACGACGUUCAUACAUCUGGCACCGGAAGUUCGCGCUAGCGUAGAGACACAUCAGUCGAAUAAACAACUGCCCGAUUUGGGUUCCCUCGGUCUGGCUGAGCUGCUCUUCUGCGGUGGUUUCUUCCUCGUUUAUCUGGUCGAGGAAGCCGUGCAUGCCGCCCUUACCGGCAAACCCGAAUCUUCGGAAGCAUUACUCUACCGAACAGUGUCGGUGCGCAGAUGCAACAACAAUCAAACGGGUCCGUCAGGUUCGUCGGUGACAUCGAAUGGCUCGAUCACUACCGUGUCCACGACGACCAAGUCCACCGCGUGGAAAGACACCAACGAUGCCGAGGACAACAAAGAUCCGGCAAACCGGCUGAAACUCCAACUCGAUGAUUCUCGCGAUCAAACAGGCAAGAACGAUAAAGUGCUGCCGCCUAUUUUCGUCCUGCCUGUCGCGUUAUCGAACGAAGAACAUAAAGUUGUUCGGAGGCAUUCUGAUCUAGAAUUAGCAAUUCCAGAAUUAAACUACUCGAUCAAUCAUCAUCAUUCCCAUGACCAUCAUCAUCAGCACGGCCCGGUGCAAAACACUUCAAUACAAGGACUAUUGACUGUGCUCGCGUUGUCCUUUCACGCAAUAUUCGAGGGUCUAGCGGUGGGUCUGGAACCAUCUAUCAGUUCGGUCGCAUAUCUGGCAGCCGCUAUCGCGACCCAUAAAUUGGUGAUCGCCUUCUGCGUCGGAAUGGAGCUCUACGUGGCCGGCGCAUCGACCAAGACCACCCUCGGCUACCUGUUAAUCUUUUCCAUGGUUACGCCGAUCGGGAUCGCCGUGGGACUCGUCCUCGCUCAUUUCAAGAACGACAGCGAGAAUUUAGGACCCACACCCACCAUACUUCAAGGCAUGGCGGCUGGUACCCUACUUUACGUGGUAUUCUUCGAGGUCCUAGCGCGGGAGAGAGCAAACGAGAAGAGCGGCUUGCUGCAGCUAGUCGCAAUCAUUAUUGGCUUUACGCUGAUGCUGGGUCUACAGAUCGCCACUGCCCAUUCCCACUCACAUGAUGACAGUGGACACGGACAUUCGCACGGUGGCCAUGGACACUCGCAUGAUUGCUAUGGAUCAUCCAACCAUACGGAGAUAGAAGAGCAACAUGAUCAUGAUCACAAUCACAAUCACGACGUAGUCACAGGAGUGAUCGACAAAGUGACAGACAACAUCGCCGAGGUUCUCACCAAUGCCCUCACGUCCUCGACGACGCCGUCGACGACGGUACAGAGGAAUAAUAUAAACGAGACCAGUCCAUUAAAUCCUCAACGUAGUUAGGGGACCGAUCUUUGGGUUCCCGUAAGUUCCACGCUCCACGACUGAAUUCUCUUCAGCAAGAGAUUUCAGCGCAACCAAGAUCUCUCGGGAAACUCAAAGAUCUCGAGAUGGCAACAAUGCCUUUACUCAGGGGACUCUUUUCGCAUUUUUUUUAUCAUUUAGCAAAGAAAAUGAAAUAUUGAAACGAGAAGAAGAUUAGCGUUUUAACCUGAUGUCUUAAUGUAUGACUCUACACAUCGAUCGGAUGGACCGGUAGAUGGAUGUUUCUGAUGGACAUGGUGCAAAUAGCGGGAAACUCGCUAUGUUCGAUAAGACGAUGUCUUUCAUUGCUGCUUUGACUGGGAACGGCGCGACGGAAUAAACUUUCAGGAUUUCCAAUAUUUCCGCUGACUUAUCGUGACAAACAUUCUGAAGAAUUUCUCGUUCAAAGUAGCGAUCGGAAAAAAAAAACGUUCGCGUGUCGAUAUAUCAUAUCCGAGUUUAUUUUUUUAGAUUACGUAAUAGAGAAUAAGUUAAUCCGUAGUGCAUGAUUAUUUAAGUGUCUUCAAGAACUAGAUACUCCAAAGUGUGUGUAUCUAAAAUAUUUAUUGAUAAUAUAUGAAGGCAUUCUCCAGAGUUUAAAUAAUUCUUGAUAGCAAUAAAAAAAGGACGCUGAGCUUUUUGUUAUUGCGAGAGCCGGUCCAUCAAUUUCCUAAUUAUUCAACGAAUCCAAACAGGCCAUGCGCAUUUAUAGUAAGAAUUUUUAAUAAAUUAC